UGAAGCUAAAAAAAUAGUAAAAUUAAAAUACUCUCUCUCUCUCCCCUGUUACAGGCAAUUCCCUCAGUCGCGGUGGGUUUCGGUGACGCCAUGGUUCCGUUCUCUCACUACUGAUCAUCAUCAUCGUCUCCUUGAUUUACGCAUUCCUGAUCCUCUUAAAAACCCAUUUUCUCAGUCUGCAUUUGACUGUUAUUCAGUGCCCAGUCGAAACGAAACUCCUUUGCGUUUCUUCUCUCAGUCAUUUUCUCGAACAGCUCUCCUGUGCAGAGCACCAUGUUGCUGAGGUCAAUCUUGGAGCUCUCGUCCCGUCGUGCUGUUAGAAGAAUCCCUAGGCAGAUUACAUCUCAGACACCAAUAUUUCUCAGAAGGGAAUUAUCAACUACACCCCAGAAAAGCGCAACCCCUCAACCUAAUGCUGCAGGCAAGCCUGCAGAAUCCGCUGGCUCUGGAUCGAAACUCAUCUUUGGAAGUGCCGUUGUUGGUGCCACCAUUUUGGCUGCAUAUCAAACGGGAUAUCUGGACCGAGUUCUUGGUGGUAAGGAUCAGCAUGGUUCUCCAAAGGCAGUUGAAGGACCAACUGAGAGCAGAGAUGUGAAAGAUAUUGAGCAGCUUGAGAGCCACGCGGUUUUGCCCGAUAGUAAGGAAGCUAAGGAAGUGGCUUCUGCUCCUGCUGAGAAAAUUGAAACUCCUCCGGAUCAGCCCCAUGUUGUAGACUCAAGUGAAAAACAAGAUGAGAUUCAGUCUCAAGCACAAGAUAAGUCUGAUGCGAAACCAGAUGAAAGUGUCAUUCCUAUCAAAGGGAAAGAUCUGCUGGAUGAUUCUCAAAGAAGAACAACAUCUGCUGAUCAAAGUUCAGUUUCUGGUGUAUCAUCUGAAGGGGGUGUAGAUGUAAACAGUGCCGAGGAAAACACUGACAAGGGAUCAAAUGAGGAAGUCCAAACUUCACCAAUAUCUACCCAGAUCAAUGAAGCUGAGGAAGUAUGUGAGGUGAAAGUUGCGUCACCUGUGCACAUUACCAUAGAGGAAAAGGAGGAGGAUUCGUUAAGUAAAGAUGUAGAACAACCUAGUUCUCUCCUUGAAGCGUAUCAUUUAAGGGAUAAGGCUUAUGGAAGCAGUGAAACAUCUUUGUAUAGACAUAGUGACGAUGACCACUUUGCUACGGAAAAAGAGGCCUUAAGUAAUGCUCUUGAAGAGUUGGGUGAUAGUUACAUAACCAAAGAUGGAAAAUUAGUUCUCGACUUUUUACAAGCCAUUCAUACAGCUGAACAAAGGCAAGCUGAAAUAGAUGCCCGUUUGUAUGCGGAAGAAAAGAGAGCAUUGAAGGAUAAGCAUGAAAAAGAGUUGAAGGAUGCUGCAGUGAGAGAACUGAUGCUUGCAGAAGAGGCAGCAAUGCUAGACAAGGAAUUAAAGAGAGAAAGAGCAAAAGCAGCUGCUGCACUCAAGUCACUUCAAGAAAAACUUGAAGAGAAAUAUAAGACAGAGCUGGAGCAGAAGCAACGUGAGGCUGAAUCCAAGUUGGAAAAGGUGGAAGAAUUAGGGAAAGCGGAACUGGCCGCAAAAAUUGUUAGUGAGAAGGCAGCCCAACUUGAAAGAAUAGCAGAAGCAAAUCUUAAUAUAAAUGCCUUGUGUAUGGCCUUCUAUGCACGGUCUGAAGAGGCUCGUCGAAGUCACUCUGCUCACAAGCUUGCUUUGGGAGCACUUGCACUAGAAGAUGCACUUUCAAAAGGGUUGCCAAUUCAAACGGAGAUGGAGGCUUUGCACAAUUAUCUUGAAGGCAUUGAUAAGGAUUCAAUAUUAGACUUGGUGUUAUCUUCCCUUCCUGAUGAAACAAGAAACAGGGGCACAGACACUUUGUUGCAACUUAACCAGAAGUUCGAUGCCUUAAAAGGGACUCUGCGGCACUUCAGUUUAAUCCCUCCAGGUGGCGGCGGCAUUUUAGCACAUUCUGUCGCACAUUUAGCAUCCUGGUUGAAGGUUAAGGAAGCUGACCAAUCCGGCGAUGGAAUUGAAUCUCUGAUCAACAAAGUUGAGUCCUAUUUGGCUGAAGGGAAAAUAGCUGAAGCAGCAAAUGUUCUUGAAGAAGGUGUCCAAGGCACCCAAGCCUCGGAAAUAGUUCGCGACUGGGUGAGGCAUGCCAGGAAUAGAGCCAUUACAGAGCAAGCUCUAGCACUGCUUCAGUCCUAUGCAACUUCCAUCAGCCUUGCAUAAAUCUUCAAGUUUUGAUCAAUCGUUAUGGGCCCUACAUGUUUUGGUCUUACCCUUUUGAUAUUCCGAUUGACUUGGAAGUCAACCAAACACAGUUUUUUUAGCAAGACUGAUCAUCAAUACAAAGAAAUAGAAAUCACCUAGUUCAACAAAUAAUUGACAGGAACAUGGAGAUGACCCUUUUUUUUUCCCUGCGAUCUGAAUUCAAUUCUUGGCGAGCUUUGUAAGAAAAUGUAAUCUUUUUCUUCUGGUCCAAUUCAAAAUGGCCUUAUUGAAUAAAAUUUUGUCUCUUGUUUCUUGUUAAGUAAAUUCUGAGUCGAUCGUUCAUUUAGGGCAAUAUUUUCAUCUUCAAGUCUUAUGAAAAAAGUAAAUGGAUAUGAAGAGCACUGUCCCAUGGCCCC